GAUGCAAAGCCAUCACUAGGAAUCCUGGCACCCAGGGCAAAUCCAGGCCCUGGCUGCUUCCUGUCCCAUCAGAGAAGAUGCUAUCCAAGGUGGCCUUCUGCAGCCUACUCUUCCUCAGUGCGCUCUGGAUUGAUGUGGCCUUGGCGGGCUCCAGCUUCCUAAGCCCUGAACACCCAAAGACCCAACAGCGGAAGGAAUCCAAAAAGCCACCUGCCAAACUUCAACCCCGUGAUGUGGAAGAUACUUUCAGCCAGCCAGAAGGAGUAGAGAAGGGUUUGGAAAUCCAGUUCAACGCUCCCUUUGACAUUGGGAUUAAAGUGGCAGAGGCUCAGUACCAGCAGUAUGGUCGUGCCCUGGAAAAGAUCCUACAGGAAAUCCUUUUGGAAGAGAACCGAGGAAAUACAGGAGAAAACUGACUCACCGGAGAUGAGCCCACACAUUUUUCUAACCAACAUGCAUCAUCCCAAGUCUCGCAUUCAGAUUUGCUUUCCUGACAACUUCCCCUAUCUAUGUAUUAACUUAUGCUGGGGAGAGAAAUAAAAUUACCAUUGUAGCCUGAGACCUUAAAAGCGGAACUCAUUUCACCCCAGACAAGUAUUCUGUAACA